AUGGAUACUCUGCGAGACACUAAACUACCCGAAGAGGUGAAGCGCGAGAUCGGGCAACACUUUAUCUUCGGCUUUCAUGGGCACGAAGUUAGCCCCCAGAUCGAGGCGCUCAUACGCCACGGCUAUCUCAACAAUGUGAUCCUCAUGAAGCGUAACAUCAAAGAUGCGGCACAAACGCGUCGAGUUGUGAGGAUGUUGCAGCAGAUUGCGAAGGAAGCCGGCCACGAGCGGCCACUCAUGAUCGGUAUAGACCAGGAGAACGGUCUAGUAUCUGCUUUCAGCGUGGCAGGUAGCGAUGCGGCGGGAACACAGUUUCCCGGAGCGAUGGCACUUGCUGCUACCGGCGAGACAAACAUCACAGAAGAAGUGUACCGUGCUUGCGCGGAAGAGUUGAAGCUCGUCGGGAUCAACUGGGCCUUUAGCCCGGUAGCCGACAUCAACAGCGACCCUCAAAACCCAGUCAUCGGCGCACGCUCUUUCGGAGAUCAGCCAAAGUCCGUCGGACAGCACGUAUUCUACGCCACUCGCGGUCUUAGCGCCGGGGGUGUUGCAGCGUCUCUGAAGCACUUCCCAGGCCACGGUGCCACCGCGACCGAUUCGCACCUCGAUCUCCCCGUUAUCGCUCGAGACAUAGAUGACCUCAAGGCCGUUGAACUUGUACCCUUCGCAGCCAGCCUCUCCGCUCCAAGCAUCAUGACCGGCCACAUUGCACUACCCGCAUUGGAUGGCAUGGAAGAGGGUGUCCCUGCGAGUCUGUCCAAACGGGUGACGAGUCUUCUCCGCGACGAGCUUGAGUACGACGGUGUAAUAGUCACCGACUGUCUCGAGAUGGCAGCCGUGGCAGCGCGCGAAGGUGGCGUUCCGCGCGGCGCAGUUGAAGCUCUGCAAGCCGGAGCCGACAUCGUGAUGAUCUGCCAUACGAACGAGUUACACAUUGGCUCCCUCGAGGCAACGUACAAGGCCGUAGCGGACGGAACACUAGACAUGGACGCCCUUCGCGCCUCCAGGAAGCGGAUUGCAGCUCUGAAGGACCGCUUCGCCGGUACAUGGGCAGAUGUACUGCCUACAGGGUCAGACCUUCCGCCAGCCUACGAUGCAAUGGACGUGGACGAUGGCUGGGAUGCACGCUGGGCCGACCAGAAGUCAUUAAGCGCUGCACUCGCAAAGCGCGCGUACGCAUUGACGACAGCAGUCAUCGGCGAUCCUCACGAUGGCCUCAAACAGGGGCUCAAGCCCUCGGACAAAGUCCUCCUCGUCACUCCCACUCCGCAGUCUUUGAACCUCGCCGUCGAUGACGCUGAGGGUGUACUUCGAACACCCGAAGGGCGUCUGCGCAAUACCGCUGGCGCAUCAUUCCUCGCACUUGCCGCCGCGAUGCGCGCGCGUUUGAUCCCAGACGGCGGCGCAUUGACCCAUGUCGUUCUCAGCUUUGACGAUUCGCAGAACCCAAACAACGAGGCCAUGGUGAAAGCCAAGGACGUGGAUAGGAUCGUCUACAUCACUCGCGACGCGCAUCGAGGAGGCGCAGCGUGGCAGAAGACCGUACUUGAAGACCUGUUCUCUCAACAUGGAGGAGAGAAGAUGUUCGUGAUCAGUACAUGUGCCCCAUACGAUGUGAUCUACGCCCAACACGCCUGGACGGGCGAGGUUCCUACCCUCGCAACGUUUGAGUUCACCGCACCAGCUCUCGAGGCAGCUGUAGCCGUCUUGUUCAAGGAAAGGGAGGCGACUGGGAAGACCCCCGUCGCAGCACGGUACGCUCAGUAUCGUGGCAACACUUCUGGGCAAGGUAGCAGUCGCGUUACAACAGCACCUCUAUUCGGUCGCCCACCUGUCAAUGGUCCACGACUCGUAGCCCGUCACCACAACUUCCGCCCUAUACAGCAACCAGCUGCAUCACCCGCACCUGCACCUGUACCAGCGCCUACGGUACAGCCAGGACCUGCGGUGGGGGGCGCAGAAGUGCGCGCAGCUAUGGCAACUCUGAUGCAAGCCGCCAAUAGCGGGCAAGGCGCAAUUUCGCCGGAAAUGGCACAGCAGUUGAGCACAAUCCUCAACCAGAUGAAUGGUUCGCAGCCCGGAACAACUCAAAGUGACCAGAACGGCAACCAUGCAGCUUCGGGAAGUGGGAGUGGUGCAACCGGGCCCUCAACUUGA